UUCUCAUUAAGCAUUUCAAAUAUUUGUCUCGUGACGAUAGACAGAAUAUUUGGUCGGACAACGUUUGUAGUAAACGGGACUCGAAACAUUUUUUUCUAUCCAGUCAACUACAGCAUGGUUUCUCAGUGAUAUGAUGAUGGAUAUCAGUUUCUUGAUGCUGGUGUUUCUACCUCUUAUUCCCGGUGGAAAAUUUUUGCACCGAGAAAAAAGAUAUGUUAUUUUUCCAAGAGGAGGCAGUUAUAAGAUGGUUAUUGGAAUUGGUACCCCUCUGAAGCUGGGUUCUAAGCAGUCUAUGUCUAUUGGAUGGAAUUUUCAAAUGCAGUAUGCUGUGCCAACUAACCUGACACAAAUUCAAACUUAUCCACCUAAUUAUACCGGUAGACGAAAACGAGGCUUACUAGAAAGUGACCGUUCAAUGAUUUACAGAGGAUUUGAAGACGUUUUAAAUGGAGCUGGAAUCGAUGGAAAAGCCUGUAUUUUACGAAGUAUAUGCGAAAAUGCUAUGGACAGUAUGAAUCAUGAAGCUAACGGACUUUUUGGACUACUCUUCCACAUUGCAUUUACGCCUUCGUAUGGCGAUGGACAAAUAGACCCCGACUUAGACCCUGAAUAUUUAGAUGCUCAAAAAGCAGGAGAAUAUGGAGUGGACUGUUCUACACUUUAUGCAAAUUGUAGCUGGGGAGAUGGGAUUCUAGGCCUGUUCACAAUUCUUGAUCAUGAAUACGGUUAACUGAUGAGUAGUGGAAUCAGAAUCAGACAUAAUAUUUUCUUUCAAAUGAGUGAAUGUUGACUAAUGUUGGAUUGAAUUCAAAUCAGAAUUUUAUUCAAAUAAAUUACUGCAUAUUUA